AUGGACGAGCCAGCCCCCAACGCCCUGGUCGUGCGCAUCGGCAUCCCGGACCUCCAGCAAACGGCAAACCUGAAGAAAUUUAUGGACUAUGUGCAGGCCCUGAAUGUGGAGAAGGUCACCAGGUUGCUGGAGAAAGGACUGGACCCCAAUUUUCAUGACCCGGACACUGGAGAAUGCCCCCUGACCAUGAGUGCCCAGCUGGAGUUCUGUGCCGAGAUUAUCAAAGCCUUGAAGAACGGUGGCGCCCACUUGGACUUCCGAACCCGCGAAGGGAUGACGGCUCUGCACAAGGCCGUCCGAUGUCGGAACCACACUGCCCUGCGGACGCUGCUCGACCUGGGUGCCUCUACGGACUACAAGGACAGCCGGGGCCUGACCCCCCUGUACCACAGUGUCAUGGUGGGCGGGGACCCCUACUGCUGCGAACUCCUCCUGCACGACUACGCCAAGGUGGGCUGCAUCGACGAGAACGGCUGGCAAGAGAUCCACCAGGCCUGCCGCUACGGCCACGUGCAGCACCUGGAGCACCUCCUGUUCUACGGGGCAGACAUGACUGCCCAGAACGCCUCGGGAAACACUGCCCUGCAUGUCUGCGCCCUCUACAACCAGGAGAGCUGUGCCCGGGUGCUGCUGUUCCGGGGAGCCAGCAAAGAGAUCCGGAACUACAACAGCCAGACGGCGUUUCAGGUGGCCAUCAUUGCAGGCAACUUUGAACUGGCGGAAAUCAUCAAAACCCACAAAGAGUCCGACGUUG